AUGGCCGAGAGAGCUGUCAGUGUUGAAAAUUACGUCGAAUCAGAGGUAUCCGAGGAUGAACUAUCGCUGGAUUUAUCCUGUGGUUCUUCAAGUUUCGAUGAAGAUAUUGAAACCGACCCAAAUUCAAUUGCACCAUUCCGUUUUGAACCGUGCACAUGUGGAAACUGUAUAGUAAUGCCUACAGCAGCUGAGUGUGUAUGCUGUCAAGAAGUGGAUAGAGUGCAUGCCCUAGUUGAAGAAUCAGAAAAUGCAAUUAAUUGUAUUACAUCUCACCCUGGUUUCCAUCCAGCAUGUCUAAAUUUAUAUGUUCUGCAAAUUGCAUAUUAUCAGUAUAGGCAACAAUACAAUGAAAGUAUACCAGAUUCCUCAGAAUAUACAGCUUAUCGACAGCUUGCACGCUGGGCAUGGGGGUACUUGGGAAAGAAAGUAAGGGUUGUUCUACCCUCAUGUGCAGUCACUUGUAUAAGAAACACUUUUCCAAGUGAAUCAGGACAUUAUACUGGUUUCAAACCAGGUUAAUGAUCUUAACUAAAUGCAUAUUAUUCAUACAUGUGUGAAUGUAUGUUGAAUAUACAUUUGUACAAUGAACUUUAGAUAUUUAACAACAAGCAGAAGAAUCGUCGUCUUCAAAAUUAUGUGACUGAUUA